CCUUCUGCGGCCGCGGGAGUUCGUACCUGGGCAGGUAUGGCCGCGGGCGGCGCCGCCCCAGAGUUUGCCGUCUCCCCCAGCAAGCGGCCCCGGCCCGCGGAGGAGGGCGGCCUGCGGCUCCGCUUCGUGCGGCUCUCGGAGCACGCCACCCCCCCCACCAAGGGGUCGGCGCUGGCCGCGGGCUACGACCUGUACAGUGCCUAUGAUUACACAGUACCACCUAUGGAGAAAACCCUUGUGAAAACUGACAUUCAGAUAGCCCUUCCUUCUGGGUGCUAUGGAAGAGUGGCUCCACGUUCCGGCUUGGCUGCAAAACACUUCAUAGAUGUAGGAGCUGGUGUCAUAGAUGAAGAUUAUAGAGGAAAUGUUGGUGUUGUGCUGUUUAAUUUUGGCAAAGAAAAGUUUGAAGUAAAAAAAGGGGACCGAAUUGCACAGCUCAUUUGUGAACGGAUUUUUUAUCCAGAAAUAGAGGAAGUUCAAGUUUUGGAUGACACUGAAAGGGGCUCAGGAGGUUUUGGUUCCACUGGAAGGAAUUAAAAUUUAUGCCAAGAACAGAAAAUGAGAAAACAUUUUUUUACUGAAAAAUAGAGUUUUUGUUUAGUGUUUUACAUUUCUGUGAACUUUCCAGCUUUAGCUUCUUAAAUAUUUGGUUGUCUUAUGAUAUUUGGUGCUCUGUGGAGGUCAUGGAGAACUUUACUUUUUUGUGUUUUUUUGCAUUUGAUGGUUGUAUAAGUCUUCAUGGUAGCUUAGUAUAGUGAGCUUUUUUCAGUCAAAUGUACAUCAGUCACAAGUCCCCCUAGAACUGUAUUACUUAAACUUAAUUCACUAAAUGCUGCUCCUUCAACUUAUUUUUCAGCUUGCUCUAUAAAUCACAAGCAAAGCCUUUUAGUCAAUAAAUUUGAAUUCUUUCACUCAUACAAAUUAGUGUAUAAACUGGACUAAAAGAUAAUAAAAAGUUAAAGUUGUUCCUUG